GUUGUAGGCCGAACCGUAGGCUAUCCUCAUUCGAUACCAGACUCUCGGACCAGUCGUUUCGGCUUCUAAAUUUAUCAAAAUUCUAAAUUUUUGUUUUCGAAAAUAGUUCAACCAAAAUACGUUAAAAGAACCCAGGAUGUGUAACGGAUGUGGAUGCUGUGGACCCUGUAACGAAACGCCCUGCUGUGGCCCGCACAGUCCGCCCUGCGGAGCCCCGUCGCCCAUUCCGUGCUCCCCUGCUCCGGGCAUGUGCUGUCCUCCGCUGCCCGAGGGCGGCAUUCCCGAUCCGCGUGUCUGGAACUACUAUAACACGCCCCCAACGUAUCCAUGUGGCUUCUAAGUGGCUUUGGACGAGUGACCCGACCUUAUUUGGCUGUCCUAUUUUGGUUGGGGACUAAUCGAAAACGGAGAACCGUCAGUUGGCAUAUUUUGUACUUAUUUAGGCUUUAAAUUGAAAUAAAUCUAAUUUUAUCAUAUCUGGA